AUGAAGCUUAACAUCGCCUACCCCCGCAACGGGACCGUCAAGCAGUUCGAGAUCACCGAGGAGGUGCUCCGCCGCGUUUCGCUGACGGACUACCGUCUCGGCAACGAGGUUGACGGGGCCAUCUUUGGUGAUGCCUUCAGAGGAUACACCUUCAAGCUGCAGGGCGGCUCCGACAAGCAGGGCUUCCCGAUGGUGCAGGGUGUCAUGGCGCCAAGUCGUGUGUCGCUCCUCGUGAAGCGGGGCGCCGUUGGCUUCAACACCUUCCGCGGGUAUCAGGGCGAGCGCCGCCGCAAGUCUCUCCGUGGCUGCAUCCUCGCGAGCGACAUUGCGGUGCUGAAUGUCGUCAUUGUGAAAACCGGCGAGCAGCCAAUUGAGGGUGUUACCGACGUGUCAGUGCCUCGCCGCCUCGGUCCAAAGCGUGCGAACAAGAUCCGCAAGCUCUUCAACCUCUCCCGCGGCGACGACGUGCGCAAGUACGUUAUCCGCCGAAAGGUCGUGAAGGAGGGGAAGAAGGACCGCUUCAAGGCGCCCAAGAUUCAGCGUCUCAUCACGACGGCUGUGAAGGCACGCCGCGCCAAGAAGGCGAAGGUCGCCAUUGAGAAGGUUCGUAAGUCUGCCGAGGAACGCCGUGCGUACCUGCAUCUAGUCGGCACCCGCCGUCGUGCAGCUCGCCAGCGCAAUUCGGCUCGUCGUCACGCACACAAGGUGGCAGCGCAGAAGCAAGCGCUGGCCUUAUUCAAGGGCAGAAAGUAG